AUGGCCAGCGUGAAGGACGCAGUCAAGGAGUCCUUGAUAGGCACCUCCGACGAGCCUAAGCCGUCGCAGCAGGCGAAGGCCAACUUCCACCGCCAUGCGCGCAAAGACGAGGCCACGGGGGAGCUGUAUAUGACGGAAGAAGAUUUCAUCCAGGCUAUUGCCCCCAAGCAUGAGGAUUAUCACAAAAUCAAGCGGGAACACUACGGCAUCCUGUUCAGAGUCGCCGAUAAGCGGAGAUCGGGCAGACUGUCCCUCGGAGACUGGUCGACUUUCGAAAACCUCCUGGCCAAACCGGAUGCCGAGUACGAGAUCGCUUUCCGACUGUUCGACACGGAAGGCACGGGAAGCGUGAAGUGGGAAACCUUCCACAACCUCUAUAACGAGAACAAGAACAAAGACAGCAUUCCCUUCGAUUGGAACUCAGAAUGGGCUUCCUUGUACACUGGACGGACCAAGAGCCGGCACGAUAUGACCUACCCCCAAUUUGCCCAGAUGCUGCGAGGCUUGCAGGGCGAGCGUAUCCGCCAGGCCUUCCACGUCUUCGACAAGGAUGGCGAUGGAUACAUCGAGCCUGAGGACUUCCAGCGCAUCAUCCUUGAAACGUCGAAGCACAAGCUGUCGGACUACGUCCUCGAGAACCUCCCCAGUCUGUGCAACAUCUCGACGGGCACCAAGAUUUCUUAUUCCACCGUGCGCGCUUUCCAGAACGUCAUGCGCGAGAUGGAUAUGAUCGAUGUCAUCGUGCGUGAGGCAACUCACAAGAGCGACGACGGCAAGAUCACGCGCUCCGACUUCCUGAACGAGGCCGCGCGCAUCACCCGCUUCUCCCUGUUCACUCCCAUGGAGGCCGAUAUCUUGUUCCACUUUGCCGGUCUAGAUGCGCCUUCGGGUAGACUCUCCCAGCGGGACUUUGCCAAGGUCAUUGACGCCUCGUGGCGUAUGCCAAUCGCUGUCGCCGGGCAGGCCGUUAGCUCCGCAACGCACAAGGCCGCGGACAAGUCCAAGUCCAUCCUUUACAGUGUGCUCGAGUCCGUCCACCACUUCGCGCUCGGAAGUUUGGCAGGAGCUUUCGGUGCUUUCAUGGUUUACCCCAUUGAUCUGGUGAAGACUCGUAUGCAGAACCAGCGCUCCUCUCAUGUUGGUCAGAGACUGUACAACAACUCCUUGGACUGCGCGCGGAAAGUCAUCCGCAACGAGGGUUUCACCGGUCUGUACUCUGGAGUCAUUCCUCAGCUCAUUGGUGUUGCACCUGAGAAGGCCAUCAAGCUCACUGUCAACGACUUGGUCCGUGGGCACUUCACGAACAAAGAGAAUGGGAAGAUCUGGACCGGUCAUGAGAUUCUCGCCGGUGGUUCCGCCGGAGCCUGUCAAGUCGUUUUCACCAACCCUCUGGAAAUCGUCAAGAUCCGUCUGCAAGUCCAGGGUGAGAUCGCUAAGAACGUCGAGGGUGCUCCUCGCCGAUCCGCGCUUUGGAUUGUCAGGAACUUGGGUUUGAUGGGGCUGUACAAGGGAGCCAGUGCCUGCCUGCUCCGUGAUGUGCCGUUUUCCGCCAUCUACUUCCCGACCUACUCCCACCUCAAAUCCGACUUCUUCGGCGAGUCGCCAACCCACAAGCUCGGCAUUUUGCAGCUGCUCACGGCCGGUGCCAUUGCGGGUAUGCCUGCUGCCUACCUGACGACGCCCUGCGACGUUAUCAAGACCCGUCUCCAAGUCGAGGCUCGUAAGGGUGAUGUCAAAUACACCGGCCUGCGUCACUGCGCCGCGACCAUUUGGAAGGACGAGGGUUUCAAGGCCUUCUUCAAGGGAGGCCCUGCCCGUAUCAUCCGUUCUUCUCCCCAGUUCGGUUUCACUCUUGCCGCCUACGAGUUGCUGCAGAACUGGCUCCCUAUGCCCGGACACGGCGAGGUCACUCCCUCCGGACAGAUCGAGCCUGGCGUCGGCCUCCAGACUGCCAAGGCCCCCCUCCCUUACCUCCGGUCAAGAAACGCUCUGAAGCUCAUCCUCGACCUCGACGAGAACAUUGGCCGCGCCUCGAUACCCUCGGCCGACAAGUGGCCCAAAUUUAUUCAGCCCGCCAAGCAAUAA